AUGACUGAAGCACAGAGUUACUGCAGAGACAAAUACACAGACCUGGCCACGAUAGACGACAUGGAGGAUGUGAAGACCCUGACAGACAUGGUGGAUUUAAACAAAAUGGUCCUCGAUGAAUACGGCCAGAAGACGGCCUGGAUAGGACUGUACCAUGACAUGGACAGCUUGAGGUGGUCAGACAGACAUGCAGAGGUUGAGUUCACAAAUUGGGCCAAAGGCCAACCAGACAACUAUAAGAGUGGUGAACACUGCACAGAGAUGUAUAAUACUGGAGAAUGGAACGAUGUUCCUUGUAACGGAACCCUUCAGGCAGUCUGCUCUUCUGUGAGAGGGUCAGAUGUGACAUUUAUCCUCAUCAAUUCUACCAUGAGUUGGACUGAGGCCCAGAGCUACUGCAGAGCAAACUACACAGACCUGGCCACUGUGAGAAAUGAAGCAGAGAACAAGGAGGUGAAGAAUCUAGCUGGAGGACAAUCUGUCUGGAUCGGCCUCUUCAGAGACUGGAAGUGGUCUGAUGGAAGUAAGUCCUCCUUUAGGUACUGGGCCUCAGGAGAACCUAACAACUACGGUGGGAAGAGGGCUUGUGUGGUAAUGAACUUCCACCGUUCUGGACGUUGGGGGGACUGGACCUGUGACCAGAACAAACCAUUUAUUUGUUACAAAGAUCCAACCACUGAAGAACCAAACUGGACUCUCCGACCUUUUCCAACAUCAGUCCCAUCAGCCUCCACACCAGCAACAACACAGAGUUUAAUCUCCAGUUCAGGAAGCUUCACACCUUCAUCAUCUUUCCCUGAAACCACAGAGCAGUUUGCAGAAACUGAGGGAGGAAAUGUCACUCGUGUAUGCAAUGCUGCUGUCUAUGGAAGCAUGAAGUUCUUCUGUAAGGAUGAAUGUAAAAAAGAAGAAGACAUCCUGGUUGAAACAGCAGAGAACAGAGCUCUGAAUGGCAGAUACAGCAUUAAAUAUAUAGAAGGAUCUGGAAUGUAUGUGACCAUCACACAGCUGGAGAAGUCGGACACAGGACGGUACAAGUGUGGUUACGGCAGAGCUUUGUCUCCAGAUUCAUUCGACUGGUUCCCGAUCAUUGUUGUAGAUGCCGUCUCUGGUGUCUCUCUUCCAGGUUACUUCUGGCCUCUGGUUGCAUCUAUGUCUCUGAUUAUUGUGCUGGUUGCUGUUGUUCUGCUGUUCGUCUACAAACUGAUGAUGAGGAGGAACUCUGGUUUGAAAACCAGAGAAACUUCAGACAGCAGAAACAUGGAGUUAUCUGUCGUCAAUGAGUAUCGUCCUCCUGUCCCCAUGACUGAAAACGAAAUCUACUCUACAUUCACAGAGACAACAAACAAAUAAUGAUGUUUGGAUUUGGAUCUGGAUUCUGUACUGAGCAGGUUAACAUGUGCUGCAAGGUUCCAGUUUGUUCUACUUUCUUUAUUUUUUCUUUGCUUAAUCAGCAGAUAUUAACUAUAAACUUGCUAUUCCUCACUUCUAUGCUGAUGAUACACAUCUAUUAAUGUUUCUGAGAACGUUCAACAACUUAUUUCUUUCUUAUUCUGAAAUGUUCAUUCUGUCUUUAAAACUGUAGAUGUUGUUUGAUA